AUGAGAUACCUCCUACAACUCCUUACGCUCGUACUGAGCCAGACACUCACCGCAUCAUCCCAAUCUCCACCUCACAAUGGCACAUUCACACCCUUCCCUUAUCCCUGGCCAGUUUUGUAUUACAACUUCACAUCCCAGCUUCAGAACCACUCCAUGGCCUACAUGGACGUGUCCCCCUCUCCUACCCACUCGAACGACCAAACCGUAGUCCUCCUUCACGGCAAGAACUUCUGCGCCGCAACCUGGGAAGCCACCGCGCGCGUCCUGCUCUCCGCAGGCUACCGCGUCGUAAUUCCCGACCAACUCGGCUUCUGCCGCUCCACCAAGCCGUACAAUUACCAGUUCAGCCUGCACCAGCUGGCGCUCAACACUCACGACUUGCUGCUGCACCUCGGCAUCGACACGGCGAUAGUGAUGGGCCACUCCAUGGGCGGGAUGCUGGGGGUGCGGUUUGCGCUCAUGUAUCCCGCCACUACGGCACGGCUUGUCCUGGCAAAUCCGAUCGGGCUCGAGGACUGGAAGGCUCUUGGGGUCCCUUACACGCCGAUCGAUGUGACGUAUAGGCAGGAGCUGGCCAGCAAUUUCUCCAACCUGAAGGCGUAUCAGCAGACGACUUACUAUGCUAACACGUGGCGCUCCGCCUACGACGUCUGGGUGCAGAUGCUCGCAGACGUGUACGCCGGGCCUGAGGGGGAGGCAUUUAGCUGGAACGGCGCGCGAGUAACUGAUAUGGUGUUUACGCAGCCGGUCGUGUAUGAGUUUCCGCUGUUGACGAUGCCAACGCUGCUGCUCAUUGGAAUGAAGGAUACUACGGCUGUUGGGAGGGCGGCUGCGCCGAUGGAAAUCAGAUCACUGCUAGGAAGGUAUGAUCUGUUAGGAAAACAGGCGGCUAGUGUUAUUCCGAGAGCGGCGUUGGUGGAGUUUGGGGAUCUGGGACAUGCGCCGCAGAUUCAGGAUCCGGAGAGGUUUCAUGAGGCACUGAUGGGCUGGCUUGGAUGA